AGCGACGACGACAACGACAACCAGCCCUUCAACGGAAUCGCCAGGUCCUAAUUCAAGAUGACGAAGGGUACCACCAGCUUCGGAAAGCGCCACAACAAGACUCACACCCUCUGCCGGCGUUGUGGCCGCCGGUCUUACCACAUCCAGAAGUCGACCUGCGCCAACUGUGGUUACCCCUCUGCUAAGACUCGCAAGUUCAACUGGGGCGAGAAGGCCAAGAGAAGAAAGACCACCGGUUCCGGAAGAACCUCUCACCUUCGGGACGUCCACCGCCGCUUCAAGAACGGUUUCCAGGUCGGCACUCCUAAGGGCGCCCGUGGCCCUGAGAACCACUAGAUCAAUCCCAAUGUCGCGUUUUCGUUCCUAGGGGCUGGAGGGGGCUGGUACGGCAGAGGGGCCUCGCAUUUGAAGUAACCGGUUUCUCAUGCAGGGGCACUCCCAUGGAGUUGGAGUUGGGACAUGUCUUCACUUUUGCCGUCAGAGCACUUUUAUUAUAGAGAAAAAAAA